UGGAAAACCUACGGAGAGCUUUAUAAGAAGAAAAUAUUUUCUAUUUAUUCAGAUUCCGUAUAUGGUCCAUUGGAGUGGGAUUCUCAGGAGCAGUGCUGGUGAGGACAAGUGCAUCCCCUUGGGUCAGGACAGAGAUCUCCUUGACUGUCAAGUUGCUGUCCUUCCAUGAUGAGACUCUAUGCUCUGUUUUUGGUAUCUCUUUCUGUUUGCACAGCUUGGGCAGGGCACCCGUCCUCACCACCUGUGGUGGAAACCAUGUACGGCAAAGUCCUGGGAAAGUAUGACAGCCUGGAAGGAUCUGCACAGCCUGUGGCUGUUUUCCUGGGAGUCCCUUUUGCCAAACCUCCUCUUGGAUCCUUGCGAUUUGCUCCUCCACAGCCUCCAGAGCCCUGGACUUAUGUGAAGAACACCACAUCUCACUCUCCUAUGUGUUCCCAAGAUCCAGUUGUAGGGCAGACAAGUUUAGACAUGGAGAACACCAGAAAGAGUAUCACUGUCACGUUUUCUGAAGACUGUCUGUACCUGAAUAUUUACACCCCUGCUGACCUGACAAAGAAAAGUAGGCUUCCGGUGCUGGUAUGGAUCCAUGGAGGUGGUCUGUUGUUUGGUGGAGCACCACCCUACGAUGGACUGGCUCUUGCUGCCCUUGAGAAUGUGAUUGUAGUGACCAUCCAGUACCGUCUGGGCAUCUGGGGCUUCUUCAGGGGUUUCAUUCAAUUAGUCUUUGGUGAUAGUGCUCUGGCUGUGGCACAGAAUGGUGGAGAUCAGAAGGGGAAUAUUCAGCAUAAAUUUUCUACUGCGGAUUAUUUUGGAGACCCCCAAGAGUACAGUCCAUUUGUGCCCACUGUGAUCGAUGGAGUGCUGCUACCUAAGGCACCUGAAGAGAUUUUGGCUGAAAAGAACUUCAAUACUGUCCCCUACAUCGUAGGGUUCAACAAGCAAGAAUUUGGCUGGACCAUACCACUGAAUGUUCCUGAGGAACUGACUCCAAUGGCUAUUGAGAAGUAUUUAGGAGGGACAGAUGACCUUGCCCGAAAGAGAGAGCUGUUCCUGGACUUAAUAGGAGACUUCAUGUUUGGUAUCCCAUCUGUAAUUGUUGCCCGUGGACACAGAGCAUUUUUAAAAGAGGGAGCCUCAGAAGAAGAGAUCAACCUCAGCAAGAUGAUGAUGAAAUUCUGGGCCAACUUUGCUCGAACUGGGAAUCCCAAUGGGGAGGGGCUGCCCAACUGGCCAGAGUAUGACCAGAAAGAAGGAUACCUGCAGAUUGGUGCCACAACCCAGGCUCUACAGGGACUGAAAACCAAAGAAGUGGCUUUCCAGACCAAGCUUCUAGUGAAGAAGACCAUGAGGAAUCUACACCAGAAUGGGCACAUAGAGCUCUGAAGAGAAAACCAGGCUUCAGGAGCCUAAAGCAAUUAACACAGGUAUAUUCUACAGAAGAUGUUUGAAAGACAAGCUUACAUAAGUUUACAUUGGAUAAAGAAUUUUUUGUUGAGGGUGAGUAGAGUCCAGGUGUGUGGAAUUUUUGUACAGUGGCCUGAAUUUAAAGAAAGCAAAUAUUAUAUUUUGACACAAAAGUCAGUGUCUAUGUCCUGAGUUAGACAUGGAAUCAGUCAUCCUCACUAAGAGAAGGAUGAUGGGAGGCAGCAUGGGAGGCAGACACCUUUUCAGUGGUGGUACAAGUGAAAAUAUGUAGUAGGAAAUAUUACUCUUUUAAAAACCGUUGUUCUCUUUGAAUCUCCCUAGCUAUGUAACUGUUUAUUGGCUGUGUAAUUGCUGUCUUUAUUUAGAUCUCUAACCACAAGUGCAUGCUCAAACACUAAGGAUACUUGAUUGUAUCAACCUUUGUGAACAUUAUUGUAGUCUUGUAUCUGAUGGUAUUAAUGUAACAAUUGAUCUCACUCUGAUAGCUACUCAGAACUGGCAGGCUUCUAGUCUGCCUUAAGUAACUUCUGCUUAUGCCUGACAUAAAAUUCUGCUC